GUUUAUGAUUGAGGACUUUUACGUGAUCGAACCAUUCAGGUUGAUGAUGUGGUAAUCUAUAUAUUAUGGGAGUUUUCAACACUAAUUUCUAACCUUUUCUUUCUUUCUGUCUAUAAGCAAACUAUGUUUUAUUGGUUAUAUUGUAUAAUAUUGUUGACGUUUCUGACAUCAGUCAAGGCUGGGCUCUCCGUGAGAGAUUCUGAUAGUGGAGGAUAUGCUGUAAUGGAUGUUUAUUUAGUUGAUGAUGAACUUGUCACUGACGUUCAAAUUGGAUCAAACAAACAACCGGUUACGCUACAAAUUAGUAAAAAUAUUGCUGAUUUGUUAGUGUCUCUUCCUAAUGUCACAUGUUCAUCUAAUCGUAUAGAUUAUGAGCAAUAUCUGGUUUUUGGAGAGCUUAUAGAAGCCAAGGAUGUUCAAAAUAAUUCAAAUUGUACCCAGUUUGGAACAUUUGAUACGUCUCAAUCCACUUCAUUUUAUCGUGAACCUGCCGACAAGCCUUUUGUAGCUUACGAAGAAGAUAACUUUGGGUUUGCUGGAAUUUGGGGUCAAGAUACUGUCAAAUUUAAUGACGAAUUUUCAUUGUCCAAUAUGACCUUCGGUGUUGCUCUUGCGUUUAAUGAUAGUAAAGGAAUUUUGGGACUUGGCCCAACUUGGUUGGAACUUAAACCAUUGAUGAGAAAAAAGGAAUAUCCUAAUUUACUUAAAUUAUUAGUGGCACAAAAUAUCACCGAGAGAAGUGUUUAUCUGAUAUAUAUGGAUAAUCUUGAGGCUACAAACGGUACUGUUUUAUUUGGGGCUGUGGAUUACUCCAAAUAUGAUUAUUUGGAAACUCAACCCAUAGAUGCACAUCUUGGUAGUCAAUUGGAAUUUGGAUUAACUUGUAAUAGAGUGCAAUUUGAAAAUUAUCAAACUAAUGUUAACAAGACUGUUACUAAGAAUGCCAUACCCGUACUGAUGCUGUAUAACUACCCACAAUCAGAAUUUCCAGUUAGCAUACUUAAACAGCUUGUGGGAUAUUUAGGUGGAACUUAUAAUUCUUCUUCUAGCUCACAAGAGGUUUCCUGCGAUUUUUUGAAUGAUACAGAUCAUUUCAUUAGUUUCAAAUUCGGCCUAGAACGAGAUAAAAUAGAGCUCCCAGUUGCAGACGUUGUCGAACAACAGGAUGAUAAAUGUAUGCUAAAAAUCAAUAAAUCAGAGGAAAAAUAUCCUCUAAUAACUUUUGGAAUGGAUAUACUUAGAUAUCUUUAUAUGGUUUAUGACAUGGAAAGAUUUGAAAUUUCCAUUGGUAUAAGGAAAUUUAAUGAUUCACCUGCAAAUAUCCUGGUCAUAACUAAGAAAACUGCAAAAGGUCCAUUGGAUGAUCAGGUUAACCGGGCUGCUUUGUCAAUGGCAAGUAGUGGUUAUUCCGGUGCUACUUUUGCAUUUAUAUUACCAAUUUUGAUCUCUUUGUUAUUUUGGUAGAGACAUGUGUCAACCAUAGACUAAAUAAAGAUUUAUAUAAUAACGUAAGUAACGGUCAUGGAAAAUAAAAGUUGAUCAUAGUACAUACUAAAGCGAUUUAUUGUAAAUUAGGUAGAUCUCGUAAGCUCAUUGAU